AUGGAAGCGUUGUGGAACGAAGACCUGGGCAGUCGGCGGGCAAGUGCCUGGAAGGAGCUACUGCUGGGUGGAAUCACCUUGCAAGAUGACUCUGGAGACUACGACACACUCUGCAAGCAGGAAUGCGCGUAUGAUGCGGCGAUUCGCCGAGAUGUACAUAGAACGCUUCCCCAAGAACCGCUCUUCAGGGAAGAUGGACACGGGCAGCACAUGCUCUUCAGGCUGCUUCAUGCCCUGGCGAUCCGACUCAGUGAAAUCGGCUACUGUCAAAGCCUGAACUUCGUCGUUGCAACGAUGGUCCUGGUGUUUCCGGAUGAUGAGCUCUCAUCCUUCAACUGCGGCUUGGCCCUUCUUCUGCGGCACUCUUUGGUGGACCUGUACAGGCCAAAGUUCCAGAAGUUGGGUGUGGUGCUCUGGCAGUUCGACCGCCUUGUUGAGGGCUUCCUGCCGAAGGUUCACGCAGCCCUCACAAGGCAUGGUGUGAACUCCGAGUACUACGCGAUGCAGUGGUUCCUGACCCUCUACGCCAGUGAUUUGCCACAGGAGGUGGUCCGCAGAAUCUGGGAUCGCUUCCUGGUUGCUGGCUGGAGGGUCGUCGUGCAAAUCGGCUUGGCCCUACUGUAUCGCAUCCAAGACUCCUUGAUUCAUAUGGACCCUUGUCGGGCGCUCCCUUUUCUGAAGAGGUUCACGCGGAAUGCGAAGCUGACUUCGAAGGAGCUCCUGGACACGGCGGCCACAUUCAAGGUUUCGCAUCGGAUGCUCUCUGCCCUUGAAGCAGCCUAUGGCUGGCCGGGAGAGUCGCAGCUGACUGUAAUCAAAGACCUGAACAGUGGCCAGGUCCACUGGAUCGUCCAAGCGGUGCAGCCGAAGUUGAGUUGCGCAUACAGCGAAUCGGCAGACGUGGAGGAGGAGCCUGCAAUCCGAUCUUUUGCACGAGCCUCUGCCAGCUCUGGAGAAGGUGAUCGCAACUGUCCUCAAGGAAAAGUCCUGCCAUUUCUGCUGCACAACCUAGAUACUGGCGAGACGACCAUGAUGGAGAAGGCUUUCUCCCAGUACAAGGGGGAGAUGCACCAGCAAGCCCGUGCCAAAGCCGGUCCGGCGCAGGCGGCGCCCUCAGCUGCCGAGAUGCCAGCGGUGAGCGGCGAGCUGCCGGAUCAGGCAACCGCUGGCAGCUUCUGGAUGCAGACUGUUCAGCGGCAAGCCGAGCGCCGGCUUGCCCAAGCAUGA